AUGUCUACAUCGUUCAUUUGUUGUUCCGUUUUCUUGCACCUCACAAUCAGUCCCGGUUCCCCGGUACAGUGUAGCCCGAUUGUGAAUCGAACGCUGGAGCUAAACUUGAACCGGAAGCGUUCGAAGGAAUGUCUACGAUGGGGCACGGUACACAUACUGCUACUGUCCGUGGUUCUGUUCGACAUUUCCAACAAGUGUUCGUACUCGUUCUCGAAUCUAUACUACGUGGAGUACAUUGCCGCAGCAAUGCUGUCCUGCAGCGUGGUGUACUACUAUUCCUGCUACUUUUACUACCUGUUCAGUACGGAGCCAAUUCGUGGGACGGAACAGCAACGUCGGAUACUAAAGUUUGAUGCAAACGAUAGCUCUUUCAUUACGACACCACCCCAAACGAAACAGUCAGUCAAUACCGACAACACGCCAAUGAACGUUUCGACAUCGCUGUUGCGGUCUUUUCACGAAACGACCUUUUCGGUAGCCUCUCCACGGUGGGGCUUUAGUCGGGGCAGUCCACCACAGUCAAUGGAUGGAAUACGACCACCGAUGGGUUAUGAUCGGAACGUAUCAUACGAAGCGUCACCGAAUGUAAGUGCUGGUUCGAUGAAAUUCUCUCCCGCACUACGCAAGCUGGGCCCUCCAGGGGACACGAUCAUGGACGAUUUGUUCAUGGAAAACUAUGCACAUGAAGCUUCUUCGAUGGAUAAAAGCAACAAUCGAUCGCAAAAGGAGCAGGUGAACAAUUCCGACGAUUCGAUGAACUCAUCAUUUGGCCGGUAUCGCUUUAACGACAUGUCCUACCUGUUGAAAACAUCCCUGUACCAGCUAUCGUCGUCAGUCACGCCAAGCAAACAGUUAACGAAAGAGCUCGAGACGGGACCAUACAACGCAUUCAUCGACGGCAGUCCAGAGGGACUGAAGAAAGUGUCCGCUGCGCAACUGUCCACCUACGUCGGCAAUCUGCGCAUGUGGAUAUCGCUCACCAUAUUGCAGCGCAUCGAGGAGGAAAUUCACAUUGUGGAUCAGGCAUUCAAGAGUCGCGGCUUUGCCGACAUCCAGAUCGGUAGUAUCGGGCUGGAACGGUUGAAGAAAACGGCCGAAAACCAGCAGCUAGUGUCGCUGUACAUCCCACGCCUGCCGUUGCUUAUUCCAUUCCUCGAAAUGACAACCAACCAGGAGUAUCUGGUGCAACGGAUUAAGGAUCUUGCCAAGGGUAGCUGUAUAGCGGACUAUCGAUGGAAUUCGGGCUCGGCAUACAAGGGCAUUAGUUGGGACGAACAUUUACCAACUGAUUCGGCGAUCAUUUUCCAUCUGUUUUGUACCUAUUUAGAUAGCCAACUGCGUCCCUUACCGCAGCCCGGUGGUCGCCCAUUCUACAACCGUUAUGUAGUGGUCGGUGAUAAGAAAACGACCAAGGAAACGCUCGCCGAGGUCAACACAAAAAAUAAGACCAAGUGUGCGAUCCUUUGCUCCAACCCGAUGAAGCCCAAGUUUAACUUUGUUUCGGAUGAUAAAAUACAUAGCUGUUCCUAUGAUCGAAACAAUCUGUUCUAUGUCAUCAUUCAAUUUUUGAUGUACAUGAAAACCCACAACGAAAGUACACUGGAGGGUAUUAAUCUCGGCCCAAGUGGUAUCAAUAUACUGUGCUGUGUUGAUGACUAA